AUGGCCGAUUCUCUUACCGAGGAGCAAGUCUCCGAGUUCAAGGAGGCAUUCUCCCUCUUCGACAAGGACGGCGAUGGUCAAAUCACCACCAAGGAGCUCGGCACCGUCAUGCGCUCGCUUGGCCAGAACCCCAGCGAGUCUGAGCUUCAGGACAUGAUCAACGAGGUGGAUGCCGACAAUAACGGCACCAUUGACUUCCCAGAGUUCCUUACCAUGAUGGCCCGCAAGAUGAAGGACACCGACUCUGAGGAGGAGAUCCGGGAGGCUUUCAAGGUCUUUGACCGCGACAACAACGGCUUCAUCUCGGCUGCCGAGCUGCGUCACGUCAUGACUUCUAUUGGCGAGAAACUGACCGAUGACGAGGUUGACGAGAUGAUCCGGGAGGCCGACCAGGACGGUGACGGCCGCAUUGACUACAACGAGUUUGUGCAACUGAUGAUGCAGAAAUAA